AUGACAUUCGUUCAUAAUAACUAUAAAACGUUGAACGUGGCAAAGGAGGCGAGUAAGCCGGCGAUUCGGAAGGCCUAUCUUAGUCUAGCUAAGAAGUACCAUCCCGAUGUGAAUAGAGCCCCCAAUGGGAGCUAUUCCAAGAGAUACAAGAGGCUUAUAGCGUAUUGGCUGAUGAUGGUCAGCGGCAUAGGUGAUAGAGAGAGUAGAGAGCAUGCUGGUUGA